ACUUAAAACGGCCUGCAUUUAGUUUUUGACUGUUAUCAUAUACUAAAACAAUUUUAGUACUAAUUCUAAUACUACUUGCAAGGCAGUGUUUCAUUUCCUCUUUUUACUGAGGUACAGGCAAGUUUCUCCCUGAGAAGUAAGAGAAUCAAUUUUUGAGACAUCAGGACAAACCAAUAACUUGAAACGGGCUGUUACAUUUUUAGGUACCUCAGUAGAGUUUCAAGCUCUUCUUGCUGAAAUAAAGCAGAAGGACAAGCAACGGGAGGAACUGCUAAUGAACCUGAAGGCCAUGACAGACAAAACAGCCAACUACAAAUCCAGGCUUCAAAAGGCAGAAAAUAACAAAAAGUCACAGAUAAAGAUUUUGAAGAAAACCCACGAAUCACAACUGGCAAUGAAAGGAGAGCUUAUUCACAACUUAGAGGAAUUAAUUGAAGAACAAGAAAGCAAAAUUGCCGAACUUGAAAGUCACAUCAAAGGAUCAAGCCCUUCACAGUCAUUGCCGGCAGCGAGCACAAAAUCCUCAAGUAUUAAAAAACUAGUCGACUCAAUAAACGAUCUUCAUACUGAAAAAAGCAGAAUACACGAAACGUGGCUGUCGACACAGUCGGAGCUCGAAACAGUCAAGCAUGAACACAAAGAGACAGUCAAUAAUUUGUCAGAAAGUAUUUCAGAUUUAGAGUCUAAACUCCGCAAGUCACAAGCCGAGAUUAUCAAGUUACAGAAUGUUGGAACAGAAAGUAUCAAGCCAAAAGAAAACGACAACAAGCAACUAAUUUCCUUGCAAGAGGAAAACGUCGGUUUAAAAAAGAAAAUACAGACUCUGGAACACGAACUUCAAAGUGCUCAUAAACUACAUCACAGUACAAAAAAUCAACUUGAAGGGGAACUGCUGAAUCUCAAGAAGAAACUGCGAGAUGCUGAGGCGAAGUACAGCAGUCUGGCGGCCACGCCUCCCAAGACGAGAACCAUUUCCGUUGUUUCGGAAGAAACUAAGAAGCAGCUUGAUCNAUUCUCAUCCUUUCGGUCAGGGCCAAAGUAA